GCAAACCCGGCACAAGAUGGCGGCGGUGGCGGUAGCGGCAGUGUCGGCGCGUAGGAGGCGGUAUUGGAUAGGUUUGCUACUGGCCUAUUUAGGGGUGUUUCUGGGAGUUACCCUAGCUGUCGAUAGGAGCAACUUCAAGACCUGUGAAGAGAGCUCCUUCUGCAAGCGGCAGCGAAACAUACGACCUGGCCUUUCUUCAUACCGAGCCUUGCUGGACACGCUGCAGCUUGGUCCUGAUGGCCUCACAGUACAUAUCAUCAAUGAUGUCACCAAGGUGUCACUGGUGCUAGAGCUCCAGGGGCUCCAAAGGAACAUGACGCGGAUCAGGAUUGAUGAACUGGAGCCUCGGCGGCCCCGAUACCGUGUGCCAGAUGUGUUGGUAGCUGAACCCUCCCCUGCUCGGCUUUCUGUCUCUGGCCGUGAUGACAACAGUGUGGAGCUAACUGUGGCGGAGGGGCCCUAUAAAAUCAUCUUGACAGCACAGCCGUUCCGCCUGGACUUGUUGGAGGACCGCAGCCUUCUGCUCAGUGUCAAUGCCCGCGGACUCUUGCAUUUUGAGCAUCAGCGAGCUCCCAGAGCCUCUUUCUCGGAUAAAGUUAGUGUCACGCUCGGUAGCAUGUGGGAUAAGAUCAAGAACCUUUUCUCUAGGCAAGGAUCAAAAGACCCAGCUGAGGGCGAUGGGGCCCAGCCCGAGGAAUCACCUGCAGAUGGUGACAAGCCAGAGGAGACCCAGGGGAAGGCAGAGAACGAUGAACCAGGAGCCUGGGAGGAGACAUUCAAAACUCACUCGGACAGCAAACCUUAUGGCCCCAUGUCUGUCGGCCUGGACUUCUCCCUGCCAGGCAUGGAGCAUGUGUAUGGGAUUCCUGAGCAUGCAGACAGCCUGAGGCUGAAGGUCACUGAGGGUGGGGACCCGUAUCGCCUCUAUAAUUUGGAUGUAUUCCAGUAUGAGCUGUAUAACUUCAUGGCGCUGUAUGGAUCCGUGCCUGUGCUCCUGGCACACAGUGCACACCGGGACCUGGGCAUCUUCUGGCUCAAUGCCGCAGAGACCUGGGUCGACAUAUCCUCCAACACUGCAGGAAAGACCCUCUUUGGGAAGAUGCUAGACUACCUGCAGGGCUCGGGGGAGACCCCACAGACAGAUGUUCGCUGGAUGUCGGAGAGUGGCAUCAUCGAUGUCUUCCUGCUGCUCGGACCCUCAGUCUUCGAUGUCUUCCACCAGUACGCUAGUCUCACAGGGACCCAGGCAUUGCCCCCGCUCUUCUCCCUCGGCUACCACCAGAGCCGCUGGAACUACCGGGAUGAGGCUGAUGUGCUAGAAGUCAGCCAGGGCUUCGAUGACCACGACCUGCCCUGUGAUGUCAUCUGGCUGGACAUUGAGCACGCUGAUGGCAAGCGGUAUUUCACCUGGGACCCCAGCCGUUUCCCCCAACCCCUCACCAUGCUCGAGCAUCUGGCCUCCAAGAGGCGGAAGCUGGUGGCCAUUGUAGACCCCCACAUCAAGGUGGACUCUGGCUAUCGUGUGCAUGAAGAGUUGCGGAAGGAGGACCUGUAUGUUAAAACUCGUGAUGGCUCUGACUACGAGGGCUGGUGCUGGCCAGGUGCAGCUAGUUAUCCUGACUUCACCAAUCCCAGGAUGCGGGCUUGGUGGGCCAACAUGUUCAGCUUUGACAAUUAUGAGGGCUCCAAUUCUAACCUCUAUGUCUGGAAUGACAUGAAUGAGCCAUCAGUGUUCAAUGGCCCGGAAGUCACCAUGCUCAAGGAUGCGCAGCAUUAUGGGGGCUGGGAGCACCGAGAUGUGCACAACAUCUAUGGCCUCUACGUGCACAUGGCGACUGCUGAAGGGCUGGUGCUGCGCUCCGGGGGCAUCGAACGUCCCUUUGUCCUGAGCAGGGCUUUCUUUGCUGGCUCUCAGCGCUACGGAGCUGUGUGGACUGGGGACAACACUGCCGAGUGGGAGCAUCUGAAGAUCUCCAUCCCAAUGUGUCUCAGCCUGGGGCUGGUGGGGCUGUCCUUCUGCGGGGCGGAUGUGGGCGGCUUCUUCAAAAACCCAGAGCCAGAACUGCUUGUGCGCUGGUACCAGAUGGGUGCCUACCAGCCAUUCUUCCGGGCACAUGCCCACUUAGACACAGGGCGGCGAGAGCCCUGGCUGUUGCCAUCUCAGUACCAUGAGAUGGUCCGUGAUGCUUUGGGCCAGCGGUAUUCCUUGCUGCCCUACUGGUACACCCUCUUCUACCAGGCCCAUCGGGAAGGGAUUCCUGUCAUGAGGCCCCUAUGGGUGCAUUAUCCGCAGGAUGUGACCACCUUCAGUAUAGAUGAUCAGUUCCUGCUUGGGGAUGCAUUGCUGGUUCACCCUGUGUCAGACUCCGGGGCUCAUGGCGUGCAGGUCUAUCUGCCUGGCCAAGGGGAGGUGUGGUAUGACACUCAGAACUACCAGAAGCAUCAUGGUCCCCAGACCCUGUACCUGCCCGUCACCCUAAGUAGUAUCCCUGUGUUCCAGCGUGGAGGCACGAUUGUGCCCCGGUGGAUGCGCGUGCGCCGGUCCUCAGACUGCAUGAAGGAUGACCCCAUAACGCUGUUCGUUGCUCUCAGUCCCCAGGGGACAGCCCAAGGAGAGCUCUUUCUAGAUGACGGGCACACAUUCAACUACCAGAAUCAUCAUGAGUUCCUGCUGCGUCGAUUCUCGUUCUCUGGCAAUACCCUUGUCUCCAGCUCAGCCGACCCCAAAGGCCACUUUGAGACACCAAUCUGGAUUGAGCGGGUGGUGAUAAUAGGGGCUGGGAAGCCUGCAGCUGUGGUGCUCCAGACGAAAGGAUCUCCUGAAAGCCGCCUGUCCUUCCAGCAUGACCCUGAGACUUCUGUGUUGAUUCUCCGCAAGCCUGGCGUCAAUGUGGCAUCUGACUGGAGUAUUCACCUGCGAUAACGCAAAGGACAUUGGGGAGGGUGGCAGGAAUGAUGAGUUAUUCUUCCUUCUGCCUUGUAAUUUGACCUCCCCAGACAUCACCUUUUCUUAUCCUAAGACCCAGACUCUGUCAACCCCUGGGCGAAAUGAGAGGGUUAUCCUUGGGCUCUGAAUUCCUCUUGUGAUCUCUUGACCUCUCCUGCCCUGUGACACCAACACUUUCCCUUCAUGCCCUAGUACUAUUUGCUGCUCUAACUGGAGCACAUUCACCUGUGAAGAUCUGAGGACCACAGGGCCCUUGCUGUCUCUUUUUGGGGCCCUGAGUCUUCUCUGGACCCUGUUCAUUCAUAUCUCUGUGUGUUGAAGCCAUUUCGUGGAAGCAGAUGAGGGCAGUGAGCUUUAGGGCUCCUUUCCUGUUUCCCUUGUCCUCCCCACCAAAUUGUUUUCCCUCCUGGUGGUUCUCUGUCACCCCUCCCCUGUUUAUGCCCCCUUGAUAGGGGUUGAAUGGGUCAAAGGAGGUUGCUGGAGAACUAUUGGUCGUAGUCCACAUCCCCACCCCCAACCUUUCCUGUCCCUUACUCUCCCCGGUCCUUCUAGAGCUGCUGCAGUUCUGACAGGGGCAGGUCUGCCUCCCCUGUCCCUUAGGGAAAAGAAGUUUCCAUUCCUUCUAAAAGGGGUUGGACAUUAAACUUCUUUGAUCCCUUUUUGUCCCCUUGAGGGGCAUUCAAGAUGGAGAAAUCAGUUGUGGUUUCAU